AUGGAGACUGUACGACAAUCCUGUCGGCCCAAGCACCAGGUCUUGACACUGAAGUGCUACCCUCGAUAUCAAAAAGGCGUGGCAGAAGUCAAACCGAAUCCGAGCGAACUUUCGUACCUACUAUACUACGCGAGUACACGUCGCAGUAAGCUGACCAAGGUUGGCGGCUUUCUGGAGAAGAGAGUGGCCAAAGAUGUCUGGCGACGCAGAUUAGGAAAUGUUCAGGUUGCGCUCCAUAUCCUAUCCGGGCUCAUCGAAAAAGUUCCUCGAGACCUUCCUAUCUACGUGGGCUCCGUUUUAGCCGUCAUCGAAACCGUUCUACGGUCAAAUGAUAUUUCCAUGGUAGAGGACUCGAUCGCUACAUUUGAGACUUUCUGUCGGCACCAGGACAUCGCAAUCAUUUCGGCCGAACAUGGCAUUGCCCACAAAUACCGAGAAGUUGUUCGCCUCUACGCAAGCUUCGCUGAUCCGUCCUCCGACCUGUACUCUCCCGCAAAGGUCAGCCCGCCAGUUUCGAUUCGAUGGAGAAAUGCAGGACUCCGUGCGAUCCGCAGUAUCGUGAGCUCUGAGAGUCUUGCCGCCGACGGAGGAAACUCCCUAAAAAUCAUCCUACCCGUCAUUCUCGAGAAUCUGUACUCUGCAGAUGAAGAUGUGCUUGUGCCGCUGAAAGCUAGGCUUCAUGAGAACAAGGAGACCGACCGCGACGGAAAUCGGGCUCCUCGACGGAUGAGCGCCGCAACGGUACACACGGUGGAUACUGUGGAGGGUGGUGACCCGGCACUAGCAGCUGGAUCAGCGGCAGAUGUUGAUCGAAAGGCGGAGAUGGAUGCCCGGCUACUGGCCCUGCGAUGCCUUGAACGAAUCACGGUUUCCGGGAGCAAUCGUGGUCAAACGCGAGUCGCGGCAUCUAUAAUCAUGCAAUUCAUCUCGAAUAAACAAUUCCCUCGCACCACCUCACAGGAAAUGUCAACAGAGCCCCAAGAUGGAAACUGGGCUACUUCGCUGAUUGAACUGGUUGCGAACUGGUGUCCAGUCCAAGUUCGAUUUUUGAUUCUUGGCGCAGCUAUGGACACCCUGUUCGACACUGCUCCCACGGAGAAAGCACUAGAUUCCUCAUUUACCAUUCUCUCCGUGGUUGACUGGCUUCUAAAAUCAUCAGUGAAUAUGAUUGGCUUAAGCGUGAUGGAUAUUUUGCUGGGUCUUAUGCAAUAUGCCUCAAGCAUUCUAUCGCCGCAGGAAAGUGCCAAUACAGAAAACAAGGCAGAUCUCCACGCUGAUACCGCUAUCUACAUCUCUGGUCGGAGAAGGAGUCUGCUCACCCUUCUCGAACAAUGCAUUGGAGACCUGGCUACUCAUAUCUACUAUACCGACCAGGUUGCAGAUAUGACACGCGCUAUUCUCCGGCGCUUCAAAUCAACCCUGAACCACGAGAGUGGCGCACCAUCUGCGUUGGCUACAGUCCACGAGUCUACUGCGUCACCUGUGGCUGCCACCCAAUCUGCUUCUGAUACUCUCGGUGAGAAAGUCAGCGGUGAUGCCUACUCGCAUGCUGCUGCGAGAUCAAUGGCCCUCCGAGCUGUCAAGGCCAUCUUUGUCGUGGCGAACUUGACAAAGUCUGCCUCAACGUCUGAGACAAGAAAUCCGGUUGGUAUUCAUGUCUGGGAAGGGACUCAGGGCCUUCUUCGGGAUCCCGAUCGCGAAGUCCGUCACGCCUAUGCUGAUGCAUUUUUGGCUUGGCUAUGCCUUGAAACCAGCAAGGAAGAUCUCAAACUACGAAACGAUACGCCCAAGUACGUCAAGCCGUCAUCGAGGGAGCAGGCGGAUAAGCCAAAUCGCCGGAGUACGUCGGCACCAGGUAACCAGAGAGAGAUUGUUGCCCAGGCUGCACAAUCAACCUUCCUUCGACUCUUGCAUCUGGCUAUCUAUGAUGCUGCCUUGGACUCCGCCGCUGUCGAAUCCGAGAUUCUUCUGCUGCAUCUUAUCAUGGUACACCUUGUUGACAACCUGGGUGUGAAUGCUAUUCAGUACGGACUUCCGAUGGUUUUGAAACUUCAGGAUGAUAUUGCGACUUCAGUCGAGCUCGGGUCAUCUAAGGCCCGCAUCAACGUUGCGAGUUUGAUCCAUGGAUAUCUUUUGGCAGUGCUAGAGAAGUUCAGUCUUGAAUCCACUCACGCCGGUGUUGAGAUUCGCAACGAAAUUGAAAGGAGACAGAGCAAGGGACAAUGGCUUUCCAAGGUUCGACUGCCGCCCACUGGUCUCGAUGAUAUCGUCAUCGGUGAUGAAAAGUCUUUCAACGGGGACUCAGAUUCAUCUGAUAGCCUGCAACCUUUCCAGAAUAUCGAAGGGCUCGUAAGUGGGAUUGACGAAUCUUAUACCAAAGCCAUUUCAUCGCCACCUCAAAGUCCUCCAACCGCACCAGCACCAGGCUUCAAUUUCCCAGUUCUGAGCCAACCUCCAUCAACUCAUCGGCUGAUCGAGAGCGGUCUUCCUUCAUCGGUCAAAGAUCAGAUGAUGUCUCCAUGGUCUCGAGAGUCGUGUUUGGCUGCCGUGGAGAAGGAAAGCGUUAAAACAUUGUCUCUCAGUGGGUCCCGUCAAGGAACCGCGACCCGCAACAACAAUGUUAAUAGUGCCGCGAAUGGUGCCGCGAAUGGUUCUCCUGCUGGCUCUGCUACACACAAGAACCGUCGGCAGAGUGUUCCUGAACUUCCACGAACACCAGAGCAUAGUUCCAACCGAGGGUCUCCCGUCCGUGUGACAGAGCUGCGACGUGUGCUUUCCGUGACCGCCGAUGGCCAGCAACGGAAACUCAGUCCCCUUCGCGGCCACCUCGAUGCAUCAAACAUCAGCAUUAUCUCCUCUGGUAGUGAGAGUAUGGUCAGCGGAAGCUACGCGGUCUCCGAGAUGGAACCAGAUACCACAUCUGUUCAUCAACGGGACGCAGACCGGGCACCUGACGGACAGGGGUCAGAGACUCCCCGCCCAGCGUCAGUUAUUGUUCUUUCCGGCGACAAAACCCCGACUGAACAGACAGACAGUCUGAGCAGAGUCAACUCUCACGAAAUCCCCCCUGUUCCGCCCAUUCCUUCGAACCUCCACAUUCCAGGUGGCUUUCCCAAUGACUCCCAACGAUCCCUGCUCAUCGACCGCCCAUCAACUGCCCCCGACUCGCGCCAGUCUUCCUUCCAGGGCAAAUCUGGGCAGCCCCAACAGCACACUCGCAACAAAAAGUCAUUGAACCGCAACAAGAGUCGCAGCAGCAAUAGUCUUGCUGGAGUUGACGCCUUCCAUGACUCCAAUGGUGACUCUGCUCUGGACAGCGACCAGCGAGUAGAGCUCAAAAAGCUCUUGGACGGAUUCCUGACGCCUGAGAACAGUCUUCUGGCUAACGGGGAUCACCCAACCACCGGAUCCAAGGCACCAGUAACCCGAAGCUACUCCAAACGACGAGUCAGUGGUGGCGGUGGUCUUGGACGCCCCCCUUAUUGA